AUGUUCAAGAAAAUCUUCCGGCCUCCUUCCUCGAGAUCGAAGAAGGAAAUAGAGAAAACGUUUUUUGACAAAGGGCCAACUAUCAGGGUCACCUCUUUAACCGAUUCAGAUCUUCAGCGGUAUCGUGAAGACAACGGCCCCUCUGACACCAAGUGUGAGAUUUCCACUGACAAAACGGAAAAGAAGGACCUUCGGAAGGACUUGUUCUCUGGAAUUGACCCAUCUGAUAUCACAAUUGAAGAUCUUGAUCCUUACGCAGACAAGAAUCGGGUCCGUCGUUCGAGAAGCUUCACACUUCCACCAUCUAAACCGCCAUCUGCCUUUAAGUUGCCCCGGAGCAAAACGGUACACUUUGCCGACCAAAGCGAAUCUUUGAAAAGGCUCAGAAAGAGGGCAUCUGAGGAAGAAAGCUCGCUGGUUUACUCUGAUGAGUCGGCUGACUUGAGAGGUAUUCACGGUAAGGUUCAAGAGCGGCUUACAGGAAUCUUCAAGGAAGAGGAUUGUGAGUUCAAAGCAAAUGAAGAAACAAAACCAGCAGAAGGCACCUGCUCUGUUCAAGCAGGCACAAAACAGAAAAGUUCCGAAUCACCACUCGGAGACGAAGAACUCACAAUUCAUGAAAGAAUAGACGAAAAGCUGCCAGAACCGUCUUCUGAUGAUAGUCUCUCUCCCAAUAUGGCAAAUAUUGAGGUUCUGCCUGAUACGAAAGACUGGGAUCACACGAUUUAUGUUUCUUGUGAUGAGAACGGAAGAAACAUCAUUAAGCAGCUAUCUGAUUUGUAUCAGAAACACUUCCCGGACACUAACCUCGAUUUUGAUGACUUGGGUGAGCUUAUAAUCAGUAUUGACUCCGGGAUUGGAGAUAGCAUCCAACAGAACAAGUUUUGUCAGUCUCUUCUUGCUUCAGAAAAGAAGAGGGCUAAUGAUGCAGAAGCCGAUGUGGAGGCUUGGAAGCAACAAUUUGAUGAGAUAAACUCAAAGUACGAGGAGCUCAAUGCUAUUCAAACUGAGAGGCAGAAUCGUUUGGAGGGCGAGAUUGAACACAUCUUGGAAAAGUCCUCCAAAGAGCUUGAGGCUUCAAAUGAGGUCAUUGAAGACUUACGUAACCAGUUGAGGGAAAAUAGCCAAAGGUGUGAUGAUCAAGAACAUGCCAUUGAAGCGCUCACAGGGAAGGAAGGUGUUCUCUUGAAGGAAAAAGAGUCCCUAGAAACAGAUCUUUCCAAAAGUUUCAGAGAAAAUGAAUUGUUGAAAAAAGCGAUUGAAGAGAUCAAGAGCAAACUGUUGGAGGAUCUGAAAGCCAACAAUUUGAGAGUGAUUGACCUUAAAAGUGAGAACAACGACUUGAAAGAGAGCUUGUAUGCCACUAACCAAGACCGAGAAGUACUCUGGACAACCAAAGUCGACCUCGAGCGUAAGCUUCAAGACUACAUUAUCAAGAUUGAAUCACUUGGAACGGCUGAGAAGGAAUGCAAGGCUACCAUCAGUCAAAAGGAUGCUACCAUUGCGGAAAAGAUGUGCAUCAUUGAGAACUUUGAAAGCAACGCCCAGAAGUACGAGGAAGCGAGUGAGGCUCUCGCCAGAAAGAACUUACAGUUGAAAAUAGAUCUUGAGGCUUGCCAGACCGAGAGGUUAAACUUCGAGACACGGGUGGAAGAGCUUAGCUUGGAAAGAGAAUCCUUCUUGCAAUCUCUUGAAAGCCUCCAACGCAAGGUGGAUGAUGGAUCAAAAGAGCUCAAAGAGGUCGAGAGCAAAAAUUUGGAGGCCCUGAAACAAUUACGAAAUCUCUUCGACAAGCAACAGCAGGAAGCCGCUCAGUCUUCCAAGGAGCUUGAGAAUAAAGAGUUAGAGAAAAAGCUGCUCGAACAAAAAGUUUUUGACCUCAAUGCUGAAGUUCUUCAGCUCAAGAAGGAAGUCAAGACAAGAAGAGCCAACUUCCACACUUGCUUUGAUGGGUUCGAGACGAUGAAGUGGUCCAAUAACUUCACUGUGGAAACAAUGAAAAAGCUUCUCAAAAGCACGUACGAAGCAAUGGCUCCCUUCCUUGCUAGGGAGGCCGCCUCAGCAAAUGCGCAGCUCUACUACGAGGUCAAUCGCAUCAUGGUCUUCAGCAAGGAUAACCAGACCAGUCUCACUGAAUUGACAACAGCUCUCGUUGAAUCAAGCCGUCAAGUUUCCCGUGAGUAUGCGGAAACCCUUGAGGCUCUUAGAAUGGAGAAAAAAGGUCGAGCAGAAAGUCAAAGGGAGUCAAUGGCUGUGAUCAGGCGGUUAGCACGCACGAACCGCAGAAUGCAAAAGGCUUCCCAGCAGAUCGAAGAGAUUUCGAUACCAGCCAACAUGCAUGCUGGCAGAAAAAGGCAAGUACGCGAUUGCCCAGUCGAGGCAGCAAAUUGA